AUGUUCAAUCCUAAAUCGGAUGAGCACUCAAAUUUUUACAUGCCAUUUCAAUGUAUUUGGCUAAAAUUAAAUGGCUCUUGGCCAUUGGAAUAUGAUGUUAAAAAUGGCGCAGUACGUGGAGAAAACUUCUUUCGCAAGGCCUAUUCGUGUUGGUCGUGGUAUGUGAUUGUUUCAGUGGGAAUAACAAUCAGCUUCCAGACAUCGUUUUUAAUAGACCACUUUGGAGACAUUAUAAUGCUUACCGAGAAUUGUUGUACUACUUUAAUGGGUGUUCUAAAUUUUGUUCGCUUACUACACUUGCGUCUUAAUCAGAACCAGCUUCGAGAAUUAGUUCAAGAAUUUGUCAGUAAUAUAUGGAUACCAGACAACAAAAGUGUUCACAUUACUAAGGAGUGUCGAAAACGAAUGAUUACUUUCCGGGUAAUGACAAUGCUGCUAUCCUGCCUCAUACUUAUGUAUUGCAUUCUCCCAUUGGUUCAACUCUUUUCGGAUUUUGGCAUGAACGCUGAAGACAAACCAUUCCCUUACAAAAUGGGAUUUCCAUUCAAUCCAUAUAGAAAUUGGAUGAGUUAUGCGGCAACCUAUUUGUUUACAUCAUAUGCGGGCAUUUGUGUGGUUACGACACUUUUUGCUGAGGACUCUCUAUUUGGAUUCUUUAUAACGUACACUUGCGGACAAUUUCGCUUACUUCAUGAACGCGUCGAAGUUUUAAUAGUCAUGACAAAGGCAAACUCAUCGAACAAUGCUGAUAUUACCAAAUUACAACGAAACCAAACUUUAGAAUUGCAUUCCUGUGCGAGGCAGCAUAACAAAAUAAUUUGUUUUGCUAAACGAUUGGAAGAUUUCUUUAGCCCAAUUCUACUUAUUAAUCUUAUCAUCUCGGCGCUUCUAAUAUGCAUGGUGGGAUUUCAGCUGGUGACUAGUAAAUACAUGUUUAUUGGAGACUAUAUGAAGUUCAUUAUUUAUAUAUCCUCGGCAAUAUCUCAGUUGUAUAUCAUUUGUAAAAAUGGGGAUUUACUAAUACAGCACUCGACUAUCACUGCCUGGCAUCUGUACAAUUGCGAUUGGGACGGCGUGCAAAAUAAAGAUAACACUAUAUGUGCCUACACGAACUCAGAAUUUCGAACGAAUUUGCAAUUUAUGAUAAUGUGUAGUCAGAGACCAGUGCGGAUAACAACUUUUAAGUUUUCCACAUUAUCGCUUCAAAGUUUUACUGCGAUUCUGAGCACAUCAAUGAGCUAUUUCACAUUACUGCGAUCACUUUUGGAUGAUAGCAAAGUGUAAGGCUUCGAUUUCUUAGUGACGAUAUUUGUGAAACCCAAAAGGAUUAUCAUAUCUAACAAUAAAACAAGAAACAAUUUUAAUGAAUUAAUUUAAUUACACUUCACACCAAUAUGUACGAUCUAUUAAGUUCAAACAGUGCAAAUCUUUGCUUUUAUAUUUAAUAAAUGUAUGCAAAUAUUUUUGUAGCAUACUUAGAGGCUGCAGCAAUUCGAAUUGAACGGACAGUUCAGUUGUUCGAAAUUCGAAAACAGACGACACUCGGGGUUUCUGUCCCCGCUAUUAUAUUGCAUUUUGCAUUGCGCUCUGACAGCUUGUUCUCAGUGACUCUGCAGCUGUAUAUAGUGAUUAUGUACAUUAUGAUUGUGAUGGAUAUGUUAAUUAAUUAACUUAUGUAAAUAUUUUAUUUGACAAUUUUGCAAUAGUAGGCACUACAGGCACUUUCCUUGCGGAUACUGUUCUUUUUAGUUUCUGUUAUUACUUUAUUUUUCAAGGACUACAUUCUCAUUAAAAAUAAUUUCGAAUAGUAAAUAUUUAUUAUUUUUUGGUAUACAAAAAUCGUUGUUUUACAAAACGGCAAACGCUAAAUAUACGUCCACCGGCAAUUAUUGAAUGAAAAUGAACAGCGUGACAUAAUAAUUCAGAUGUCAUCAAUUGUUCUAGAU